ACCAAUAGAUAAUAACACACGCUGCCUUUCCUUAUGCGCAUUGCGCACCCCACUCGCUCUCUCAUAUCUGCUGCUCAUCACAACAAUCUUCUUCAUUUUUUUCCAAGAAAGCCGACUGUUUCUCUUCUCUACUACUCACUUCACCUGAAUCCGAGUCCAAGUCCACUCAUUGUCCGAGUUCGGAAGACUAGCGCUGUGAGCAACAUGUCGACGAUCUCGGCCGAAGAUGACGCGAAGUUCGGGUUCUCGCGGGAGGAAAUGUACAGGGCCAACUUGGCGGGGACCGUGGAUUCCUACGACCGCCACGUGUUCCUCUCUUACAAAGGACCAGAUGCGUGGCUCCCGCGUGUCGAGGAGUCCGAAGUCGAUCCCCUCCCUAAACUGCUUUCCUCCGCUAUCAAAGCUCGCAAAAACGACAUCACCGUCAAGACAAAGGUUACGAUAUGUGGAGGAGGCGAAGGGAGUGACGGAGAUUUGUUGAUUUUCCCGGAAAUGGUCAAAUACAAGGGUUUGAAGGACUCAGAUGUAGAAAGCUUUGUUGAUGAUGUUCUUGUCAAUGGGAAACCAUGGGCUUCUGGAGUGCAGGAGACAUUGACUGGAUCAUAUGUGUUUGUAUGUGCUCAUGGUAGUCGAGAUAAGAGAUGUGGUGUUUGUGGCCCGGCUCUAAUUGAAAAGCUUAAUGAGGAGAUUGAGACGCGAGGACUGAAGGAUCAGAUCUUUGUCAGUCCAUGCUCCCAUAUUGGAGGCCACAAGUAUGCUGGAAACUUGAUCAUCUAUAGUCCUGAUUCAGAAGGGAAAAUUAUGGGUCAUUGGUAUGGCUAUGUUACUCCUGAUGAUGUGCCUGCAGUGCUUGAUCAACAUAUUGCAAAGGGAGAAAUAAUAGAACGUCUUUGGAGAGGCCAAUUGGGGGCAUCUAAGGAAGAAGGCCAGAAAGUAGAAAAACAGAAGCUUCCAAAUGGCAAAGAAGCGAAGAAAAGCAAGAAACAUGAAGAUAGCAACACUCAGGUCAAGCAAAAUGUGGGUGGUUGUUGCCAGGGUGCCAAUGGCUUUUCAUGCUGCAUGGACGGAAGUGUGGAUGAGAAAGGGACACAAACCAAGGCGCCAAGCAAAUUGUCAAGUUGGAUGGGGUCAUUGGAGCAAAGGGAUGUCUUUACAGCUGCUGCUGUGGUUGGGGCAGUUGCAACCGUUGCGAUUGCUUAUAGUGUUUAUAGAAGAUCAGGCUGAAAAAUGCCAUGUAAUCCAUUUAGAACUAUGUGCGAGUGGGUGUGUGUGAACCCAUUGUGUAGGCAACUACAAUAGUUUUGAUGAAAUAAUCCUCCAAAUCACAGUUCAUUAGUAGAAUGAUACAAUAUAUGUUAUUGGGGUGGACUCGAAUAACCUACUUUUAGCAGGUUCAAGGAUGAAGCAUGACUCCAUCCCUUCACUUCUGUUGAUUGCUUCAGAAAUUAGAAUGUUGUUUCUAUAGAUUUUUGGGCAAAUGGUACAUCUUUACACUGGGAUUUAUUACUAUAAUGCUUGUUCAAAUUACUGCUAUGCUGUUGCAACAAAUUUGCUUGUUUUUGUUUCAGA